UUCACUCCCAUGUAACUCCUGUGUUUGACAGUUAACAGCAGCGCAUCAGCGACGUCACCAGUUCCGCCUGAACACGGAAAUGUGGGAUAUGUGUUUUUAUCCUAGACUGGUCCUCUCCUGCAUAAUAAUUUCAGACUGAGCAAAACACUGUGGUGACACAUGUGUUAGAUACGCGGUAAAAACAAACCGAGAUUAAGAUGGAAGCUACAGGAGAAAUAAAGAAACAGCCUGUUUCAGAUUUGUAAUUGUAUUACUGCACGGGUGCGGCUUUCCAGAAAUGAUGGAGAUGGUUCCAUUCCUGACUGCUGUAACCCACGCGCUGCUGCUAAUCAUAGUGGGCAAAAACUUUCUUAAGUGUCAGGCUGGUAAUUCGGUCACUCUCCCAGAAACACUGCUCUUUGUGUCCACUUUGGAUGGAAAUCUGCAUGCUGUCAGUAAACAAACCGGGGACAUCAAAUGGACUCUAAAAGAAGAUCCAAUCAUCCAGGUGCCAGUGUAUCUAACUGAACCAGGGUUUCUCCCCGACCCCAAUGACGGCAGCCUGUAUGUUUUCGGAGACAAAAACAAUGAUGGGUUGAUGAAACUUCCGUUUACCAUCCCAGAGCUGGUUCAUUCAUCCCCAUGUCGUAGUUCUGAUGGCGUUCUCUAUACAGGAAAGAAGCAUGACACAUGGUUUGUAGUGGAUCCCAAGACUGGGGAGAAACAAACGACUCUGACCACGGAGACCUCCAACAACAUCUGUCCCUCUGCGCCGCUGCUGUACAUCGGACGCUCAGAAUACAUGAUCACCAUGUAUGACACUAAAACACGCGAAGUUCGGUGGAAUGCAACAUACAACGACUAUUCAGCACCGCGUUGUGAUGAGAAAUAUGACUACAAGAUGGCUCACUUUGCCUCGAAUGGUGAUGGCUUGGUAGUGACAGUGGACCGGGACUCGGGGGAUAUGUUAUGGAUGCAGAACUAUGGCUCCCCCGUGGUGGGGGUGUAUAUCUGGCAGCAGGACAGUCUGCGCAGGAUCCCUCUCCUCAAUGUUGCCAUGGAGACCUUGCGCUACCUCACCUUCCACUCCCAGAGCAUUCGCAUGAUGAGCUACCAGUUCAUGAAGGAGCAGGCCAGCACCAAGACACAGCUUGUUCCCUCUUUAUAUGUUGGAAAGUUUGACACCAAUUUCUAUGCUUCGAUCUCUCUGGUCCAUGAAGGUGUGGCUAUUGUGCCCAGGGGUAUUACGUUGGCACGUAUUGAAGGCCCUACAACAGAUGAUGUUACAGUACGGGUGGAAGGAGAGUGUGUCAUUACUCCUAGCACUGACGUCAAGUACCCGCAGGGGAGCACCACCACCAACAUUCACAACCAGUGGCUACUGAUAGGCCACCAUGAGUUACCCCCUGCGGCCCACACCACUCUGCUCCGAGCAUUCCCAGAGAACCUCAGGAGAGCGAGCGAGGCGGUUAUAUCCACCCGGCCCCAGAGACGGACCCUCUUCGAUGAUUUCCUGGCACUGAACGAGCCUGGGGAUCUGCCCACCAGCGGUGAAGAUGACGGGCGGCAGCGUUUCGAUCCCCCUCAACACCAGGACCCCCCAGCAGAGCCUCUGCCCGAGUCUGUCGGGCAGGACAUUGUGAUGGCUACCAUCAUCGCAGUGCUGCUCGGGGGCUGGCUGGUCUUCACACUCACCUACCCCAAAAGACUGAAGCGCCAGCAGCGGCUGCAGCAGCAGCAGUUGGAGCAGGAGCUGGAGUCAAAGCUGCAGCUACUCCAGUCUCAGUCCCAGCAGCCUCCUCCCCCUUCCCCGAUCCGGCGCUGCAGCACUGAGAACACAGACGUGACCACACAGACUUCCAUGAGGGUGCCCCCUGCUGGCUCUGACUACUACAGUAAUUCCAAGUCAGACAGGAACAUCUCUAAUGGUUCUGCGCAGCACCAACACUCCACCUCCAGCGCAAGCACCAUCGGAGAUGUUGAAACUGAUGAAGUGGUCAUUGGCAAGAUUUCUUUCAAGCCCAAGGAUGUGCUCGGCCACGGAGCAGAGGGAACAUUUGUCUUCAGAGGCCGCUUUGACGACCGGAACGUGGCCGUGAAGCGAAUCCUCCCAGAGUGCUUCGACUUCGCUGACAGGGAGGUGCAGCUUCUCCGCGAGUCAGACGAGCACCCCAAUGUCAUCCGCUACUUCUGCACCGAGAAGGACAAGCAGUUUUACUACAUUGCCACAGAGCUCUGUGCAGCCACGCUGCAGGAGUAUGUUGAAGAUCCCAUAUUCAACGCUCUUGAGAUAGAUCCUGUGACAGUUCUCCAUCAAACAAUGUCUGGUCUGUCUCAUCUGCAUUCCCUUAAUAUCGUGCAUCGGGACUUGAAGCCUCGGAACAUCCUCAUCUCCCUGCCGAACUCCCUGGGCAGGGUGCGGGCCGUCAUCUCGGAUUUCGGGCUGUGCAAGAAGCUGCCUGCGGGCCGGCAUAGCUUCAGCCUGCGCUCAGGGAUCCCUGGGACAGAAGGCUGGAUUGCUCCUGAGGUGCUCCUGGACAAACCCAAAGAUAAUCCUACCUACGCCGUGGAUGUUUUCUCAGCAGGCUGUGUGUUUUACUAUGUCAUCUCCAGAGGUCAGCACCCCUUUGGCGACACCAUAAGACGCCAAACCAACAUUCUGUCUGGGGCUUAUACCCUUGACCACUUCUUGGAAGACUCUUACGAGGACGUCAUUGCCGAGCACCUGAUAAUGCAGAUGAUCAGCAGCAAACCUCAAGAACGACCGUCCACGAGCUGUGUCCUCAAACACCCCUUCUUCUGGAGUCGAGAGAAGCAGCUACAGUUCUUUCAGGAUGUGAGUGAUCGUAUAGAGAAAGAACCUGCAGAUGGCCUUAUUGUGAACAGGCUGGAGUCUGGGGGGAGGUCUGUGGUGAGAACCAACUGGAGGAUGCAUAUUUCUAUCCCUCUGCAGACAGACCUGAGAAAAUUUCGGACCUACAAAGGCAAUUCGGUGCGUGAUCUGUUAAGAGCGAUGAGGAAUAAGAAGCAUCACUACCACGAGCUGCCGGUGGAGGUUCAGACUACGCUAGGGGAGGUUCCCGACCAGUUUGUUCAGUACUUUACUUCCCGGUUCCCACGCCUGCUCCUGCACACACACAGUGCCAUGCAGAUCUGUGCCCACGAGAGACUCUUGCACCCCUACUACUCCCAGGAGACGCACGCCAGCUCACAAACCCCCCAGCAGCAAGUAAUAAACCAAAGUGCAGAGAUACGUGCCACAUGGAAGCAAUAGGGCGGCUGACAUUAUUUUUAAAAGGUUUUAAACAGAAGCAGUAAAAACAUCUUGGAAUAUAUUCAAACAGGUUGGGUCUACAAGAGGAGUCCUGGGGUGUCAAUGCAAAGCAAUAUUCAACAUUAACAGUUCCCUCUAUUACCUGGUUUUCUUUUUUGGAAGUCUCCCAGCCAAGUUCUGGCCUGGCCAGCUAUGGGUAGAUUCUGAGAUUUGACCACUGAAACAAGGGAUAAGACAUUUGUCAUGAUCCUGCCUGUCCUGGGAGGAAAAUUCUGGUAAGGUGUUGCACGGGAGGCCCAUGGCCUUACUGAAGAGAUUAACAACAGAAGUAAUGAAGGGUUUAGUUACGUGAAGAAUGUUGAGUUAAACAGAAUACGGAAUAAAUCAGUAUACAGAAACAUAAAUACAUUGUAAAGUAUUCCACGAAGUUGCAUUGAGAUGGAUGAAGCAAGCAUUAAUUAUUUAGGUGAUUAGUUGUAUGCACUGCAGCUUUUUAUUCAUUUCUCACAUGGUGUAUUACCUCAGCAUAAGGCAGUAAUAGGUUUUCAGUGACCAGAAUACAUUUCACUAUUAAGGUAUAACAUUAAUUGACAAUCUAUAGCAAAACUUGUAUUAGUGUACCAAAAAAACCAGAAAAAAGUGUAUCCUAACUUUAAACUGUUACUUGUGACCAGGAAACUAGCAACUGGUAUAGUUUCUUGCAAGGCCUGCUGUAAAGCACGGUAUCCAAUUUAUCAACAUUUAGAACAGAAAACCACCUGCAAUAAAUUAGUCCCCAAUAUCUUUUUUUUUUUUUUUAUAAUCAUGAAUGCAAAACUUGGAUUACUCUUUUAUAACUUUUUAUUCAUGUUGAUAAAAGUUUUUAGUUGGAAGGGGACAAAUGGUAGUUAGUGGGACAUUUUUUUGCUGUCACCACUUAAAUUUCUAGAUCUACAAUAUUUCAAGUGUUUUUAUGAAUUUAUUUUAGUCAAGAAUGCUAGAUAUACUAUAUUAUUUAUUUCCCUUUGUGGCAGUUUUAUAAAAUGGUUCUUGAAGUAUUUCAGAAGGAACAUGUGUGUUGGCUACUGUAUUAAACACUGUUACUGGCUCGGUAAUAAAUAAUCCAAACGCCAAAUAGCAAUUAAGUUUUCUAAGUGGAAAGUACAAUUGUGAACCUGCUUUACUAUACCUUCACACACACUGUCAUGAAUGUGCAGUCAUUCUUACAAUACUGCUACAAGUCACAUUGCACAGGGUAGCUUUUGUUGGCGUAAAUGUCAUUUCAAUUUAAAAUCAAGUUUAACUAUUGAAUAUGAUGACUAUGAAAGUGUAAUUUCAGUGCAGAACGCAGAGGGGCACUUAAGACUUAAAUUGCAUUUGUAUUUAUAUCACAUGAUGCAUUAAAUUUUGUAAAUAUUUGUGCGGUGAAUGUCACUGGGGAUAUUUUGUACUGGAUUUUUAAAUAAAUGGAUACAUAAAU